AGGCCCCCGGUGCCCGUUCCCGCCCCGCGGCCCGCUCCGCCCGCCAGCCCCGGCUCGGCUCCGGUCGCCCGCGCAGCCCGCCGCCGCCGCCGCCGCGGGCAGAUCCAGCGCUCCGGCUCGGCUCGGCUCGGCUCGGGUGCGCGCCGCGGCCAUGCAGCGCCGGGGCGCCCUGUUCGGCAUGCCGGGCGGCAGCGGCAGCAGGAAGAUGGCUGCGGGAGACAUCGGCGAGCUGCUGGUGCCCCACAUGCCCACGAUCCGCGUGCCCAGGUCGGGGGACAGGGUGUACAAGAACGAGUGCGCCUUCUCGUACGACUCCCCCAAUUCUGAAGGUGGACUCUAUGUAUGCAUGAAUACAUUUUUGGCCUUUGGAAGGGAACAUGUUGAAAGACAUUUUCGAAAAACUGGACAGAGUGUGUACAUGCACCUGAAAAGACAUGUGCGAGAGAAGGUAAGAGGGGCAUCUGGUGGAGCUUUACCAAAAAGGAGGAAUUCCAAGAUUUUUUUAGAUCUAGAUACUGAUGACGAUUUAAAUAGCGACGAUUAUGAAUAUGAAGAUGAAGCCAAACUUGUUAUAUUCCCAGACCACUAUGAAAUAGCACUACCAAAUAUUGAGGAGUUACCAGCCCUGGUAACAAUUGCUUGUGAUGCAGUUCUCAGCUCAAAAUCUCCAUAUAGAAAGCAGGACCCAGACACAUGGGAAAAUGAAUUGCCAGUAUCCAAAUAUGCCAAUAACCUUACCCAGUUGGACAAUGGAGUCAGGAUUCCUCCAAGUGGUUGGAAGUGUGCCAGGUGUGACCUUCGGGAAAACCUCUGGUUGAAUCUGACCGAUGGCUCCGUGCUGUGUGGGAAAUGGUUCUUUGACAGCUCCGGGGGCAAUGGCCACGCGCUGGAGCAUUACAGAGACAUGGGCUACCCUCUGGCUGUGAAACUGGGAACCAUCACUCCUGACGGGGCAGAUGUUUAUUCUUUUCAAGAAGAGGAACCUGUUUUGGAUCCUCAUUUGGCCAAGCACUUAGCGCAUUUUGGAAUUGAUAUGCUUCAUAUGCACGGGACAGAGAACGGGCUUCGGGACAAUGACAUCAAGCCGCGGGUCAGCGAGUGGGAAGUGAUCCAGGAGACGGGGACGAAGCUGAAGCCCAUGUAUGGCCCCGGGUACACGGGUCUCAAGAACCUGGGCAACAGCUGCUAUCUCAGUUCGGUCAUGCAGGCCAUCUUCAGCAUCCCAGAAUUCCAGAGAGCGUAUGUGGGAAAUCUUCCAAGAAUAUUUGACUACUCUCCUUUAGAUCCAACACAGGAUUUCAACACACAGAUGACUAAGUUAGGACACGGCCUUCUCUCAGGCCAGUAUUCAAAGCCUCCAGUGAAAUCUGAACUCAUUGAACAGGUGAUGAAGGAAGAACACAAGCCUCAACAGAAUGGGAUCUCUCCACGCAUGUUUAAGGCCUUCGUAAGCAAGAGCCACCCGGAAUUCUCCUCUAAUAGACAGCAGGAUGCCCAGGAGUUCUUCUUGCACCUGGUGAAUCUAGUAGAGAGGAACCGCAUUGGCUCAGAAAACCCAAGUGAUGUUUUUCGGUUUUUGGUGGAAGAACGUAUUCAGUGCUGUCAGACCCGGAAAGUCCGCUACACGGAGAGGGUGGAUUACCUGAUGCAGUUACCUGUGGCCAUGGAGGCAGCAACCAACAAGGAUGAACUGAUUGCCUAUGAAUUAACGAGAAGGGAAGCAGAAGCAAACAGAAGACCCCUUCCUGAGUUGGUUCGUGCCAAGAUACCAUUUAGUGCCUGCCUUCAGGCCUUUUCUGAACCAGAAAAUGUCGAUGACUUCUGGAGCAGCGCCCUACAAGCAAAGUCUGCGGGUGUUAAAACAUCUCGCUUUGCCUCAUUCCCUGAAUACUUGGUAGUGCAGAUAAAGAAGUUCACUUUUGGUCUUGACUGGGUUCCCAAAAAAUUUGAUGUUUCUAUUGACAUGCCAGACCUACUUGAUAUCAACCAUCUCCGAGCCAGGGGGUUACAGCCAGGAGAGGAGGAACUUCCGGACAUCAGCCCCCCUAUCGUCAUUCCUGAUGACUCAAAAGAUCGCCUGAUGAACCAACUGAUAGACCCUUCAGACAUUGAUGAGUCAUCAGUGAUGCAGCUGGCCGAGAUGGGUUUCCCUCUAGAAGCGUGUCGGAAGGCUGUGUACUUUACUGGAAAUAUGGGAGCUGAAGUGGCCUUCAACUGGAUCAUUGUUCACAUGGAAGAGCCAGAUUUUGCGGAACCACUGACCAUGCCUGGUUAUGGAGGAGCGGCUUCUGCUGGGGCCUCUGUUUUUGGUGCUACUGGAUUGGAUAACCAACCUCCGGAGGAAAUUGUAGCUAUCAUUACUUCCAUGGGAUUCCAUCGGAAUCAGGCUAUUCAGGCGCUACGAGCCACGAAUAAUAACCUGGAAAGAGCCCUGGAUUGGAUCUUUAGUCACCCUGAGUUUGAGGAGGACAGUGACUUUGUGAUCGAGAUGGAGAAUAACGCCAAUGCAAACAUUAUUUCUGAGGCCAAGCCUGAAGGACCUAGAGUCAAGGAUGGAUCUGGAAUGUAUGAAUUAUUUGCGUUCAUCAGUCACAUGGGAACAUCUACAAUGAGUGGCCAUUAUGUUUGCCAUAUUAAAAAGGAAGGAAGAUGGGUGAUCUACAAUGACCACAGGGUGUGUGCCUCAGAAAGGCCCCCUAAGGACCUGGGCUACAUGUACUUUUACCACAGGGUACCACGCUGAGCCUCAGAUGUGCCAGUUGGCCAGAAGAAGCCACACGCCUUUUUAAUUUGCCAAAAAAAAAAAAAAAAAAAAAAAAAAAAAAAAAGCAGAAGUUGGGACAGCCAGACAUGAAAUGAAGGAAUACAUGGGGGUAUUUAUAGUUUAUUUAAAGAACAUCAUUUGACGCCUUCUGAAAUAGAACUGGGAAGGAAUUUCUAUUAGUGAUGAUACACUACUGUAGAUAGUUUUUCUUUUUAUAAAUGUUCAAGGAGAGGAUGAUUUAAAAAAAAAAGUAUUUAUACUGCUGGUGGGGGAUCUGCCAGUGUCACACCAAAAAUGGGAAUGUGCCAUCAGCCCUCUGUUAUGCUUUCGGGGGCCCAUGGUGUGGCCUCACCCCCAAAUAAAUGAGAAGCCCAUUUUUGUUUCAUAUCAAAAAUCAGUAAUGGGAUGGGCUUUAUUUGUGACAUAGUUUUUUCAUUACACACAAUUUCUGACCUGUCCAUGUAUAGAAGAUAAGAGCAUCUGCAAUGAAAGGUAUUUUUAAUUUAAUCGUAUCAAAAUUCAUAAUGUGAUUGUGUGAAUGUGUGAGGGUGAGACUGUUAUCAUCAACCAGGAAAUCUAUGACGGGCUAGUUUUUAAAGGUUAAAGCAGUUGGUCUUAAGCAUAGCUGAGAAAAGCAAGUAACUAUUUUAAAGAAACUAUAACUCAGGAACAGUUUUAAAAAUUGGUUCCCCACUUAGAUUUUCAGGAGUAAAAAGGGCUGAGUUGUCCCUUUAAAAAAGUGUUGUCAAGAAUCCACCUGGGUUUGUGACAUUUUGUGGGAGAAUGCCGGAUGCCCACAGCAGCACAACAUUGUUCUUUGCCACAUAAAAGUAGAUGAAUUCUGGUUCUCAGCAGCCCUUCUCCCUAAGGCAUAGUAUGUAUUUUUAGUUAAAAUAGCUAAUCUUACCAUAACACGUAACAACUCCCUGGAAUCACACUAAGUGCCCCAAAUUUGUCUGUAAUUUUCUUGUCCCUGAGCUCUUCGCCUGCCUCCAUUUUUACAUUUUUCUGGGGCUAGAGUCUCCUCUUGGCCCUUUCUGGGCUAAUCACCUCCUGACUUGCCUUUGCUGCUUAUUUGCUGUGACCAGCAGUGUGAUCUUGGGCACCUUCAGGGCUUCAGAUGCAAGGAAGCUUUAUAUGACAUUGUGAAAAACCAUCAUUUCCAUUUUGGUGUUUUAGUAUUUUUGUUGCAACCUGGGAUUAGAUCAGGGUUUCAAAUGUGAUGAAAAAGUGCAACAAGAGUGGUUUAUAAUCUUCCUGCAGCUCUGUACCGAAUUCUAGAGUCUCUGGAGUUUCUAUUUCAGAUUAUCCAGUCAAAUGAAGAAGGAUCUACUGCAGUCUGCCUAACAUGCAUUUGAUUGGUAGAAAGGAUCUGUCUAGAAACUGUAGGAAAAUAAAGUAGAACCAGUUGGGUAAAAUACCACAUGGACAAGUGGAUUACAACACGGUGAGUUGUGAGCAGUCAGGAUUCUGGUUAAGAUCGGGGCUCCUUUUACAGGAGAUUAGCUACGCUGUAUGUCUGAGGAGCACUGAGCCCGAUGCUGGGAGCCUGGAGACUUGGGUGCUGCCCCUAGCUGGGCAAGACCCUCAUCCUCCCUGUGCCUCAGCUUCCUUAUCUGCACAAUAACAUCUGCUCUCUCUUUCCAGCUGUGCUUUGAGGAUAGAUAUGUGAGGUUUGAUACGGUGACCCUUGAAAGAGUAGCAGGUGGUAUGCCGUGUGGGUCCCAGUAGAGUGUGCUCUCUCCUUCUCUCGUCUGACGUUUUCUUCAAUUUGGGAACAAAUGCAGUUGGCAUGAGGAGGGCGCUCACGGUGCAGUAACUCUACUCGGUUGUGCCCACCAGUGCCGCCUUUUAGUGUUGUUUUGGAGAUCCUAAAGCAGCCCCACUCUGUCACAUGAGUCCCUGGCUCCUGUAGAAAUUCCUACACAAAGCAGCCUUACAAAAUCCAGUCUCCUUGGCUCAGUGUCCUAGAAUACUGACUCCAAACACACGUGAAAAAUGACUCGUUAUCAAUGCUCUUACAAAGUGAAGGCCUUCUUCGGGGGUCGGGGGAUAACUGGGGGUUUGGAUUGAAAUGUGAACAAAGAUAGCAUGUGUAUUUUGAACAAAAUAAAAAUUUUGUAAUAAAACUUUGCAAAAUGGUGUAAAAUCAGUACAAGAUUAUAGGCUACCCAUUAUUUAAUUUCUUCAAGUAGAAAAAUAAACUUAGCCCUUUUGAUGCCUAAACAUAUUGUAAGAGAAUAUUACUAUGGCUGCCUUUUUUUCCUGCCUCACAAAACAAAGGGCUAUUUCUACAAGGCAAAGUUUUGUAUAUGUGCUAUUCUUUAUUUCAGAUUGAGAGUUGGGGAAAAACUGGAGCAAAUAAUGUGUUUCUUUCUUGCUUUUAAAAGUGUGUUUAUAUGUAUACCUUAAUAUAUACGAGGCAGAUUUCCCUGGAAUAAAAGUCUGGAACAUACUCCUUAAUUUCACCAUGUAUGUUGACGAGAUUAUUUGUGACUGAAAACUGGAAUAAUGUGUGGAUUUCGUCAGAUUAUCAGCCUGUUAGGAGUCCUCUGUGUGAGGCGUGGUGGUGUAAUUGUGAAAUUCUCACCGUGUGUGGGUGUACGUGUGAAAGAGUGCACCUUUUUUUUCCUGUAAAUAUCUUUUGAUAUCCAUUUGUGUAAAAUCCCAAUGAAUGUGUCUUUGGAAAAUGUAUCAAAGUUUUUAUUUUGUCAAUUGAUCUGAAUGCCCGUAUAACUGAUCAGAAAUCCAGUUUUGGUUUAGAUUGGGGGAUUUUUUUUUUAAGGGAAAAAAGCAUGCAGAAAGGACUACUGGAAGAAUCAUGUUUUAAUGCCAUUUACGUCAACAUUGCUUCGGUAUUUUGAAUUGACACAGCUGUUUUCUUCCAACUAUAAGAGAAUGUGCCUGCUGUUCCCCCACGCUCACUUUGGGCUACAGGAAGCCCGGCACAAGUAGCUUGAGCCUGUGACUCCCAACAUCAUUCUUUCCCAUGACCUGCAGUGUCCAGUGUGCGUACCCGGGUUCGUGGCCCGAUGCCACUCCAGGUGCCGUGGGCCUUUUACCUCUCUGGGCCUUUUUCUUUACAAUGAGUGCGGUAGGCUGGAUCAGCUCAGAAGUCCCCUCCUGCCCUAACAUUCGAUUCUAUUUUUAUUUUCCUAUAGUUACUAUGGGGGUUAGACAUGUGGGAUGAGGGAGCACACAGAGGUUAGAUGUAACUUGUUGGUUUGUUAUAGGUCGUACUCCCCAGUUUAUAAUCUGCAUCAUUUUAGUGUCCCCACCCCAACUUCCCUUCCCACUUCCUUUGGUAAUUAUCCUCUUUCUCUCCCAUUCUUGAAACUUUCCACUUCUUAGUCCACAAGAUACCUUGUUCCCAUCCCCUUCAAAAAUGAAAAAGUCUGUUUAAAACACCUCCUGCGAUGAAAAAGCUCGGCACCACUUUCAGCAAAUAAAUCUGUAACGUGUGUAGACGAUUUUCUUACUCUAUUUCAGUGAUAGCUAUGAUCCCCAAGUGAGUACUGAGAAAGUUGUCUGUCACAGAAAGGAUGUCUCUUCCUCUUGUGAGCAUCGCUGUUGCUAAAUUACACUAUCUCUGUAGUCUGUUGGGGAGAUGGCAGGUGCUGAGCAGGAGCAGGGGAUGGGAUUAGAUGGAAUGUGAUUUCACCCUUUGCCUCAGUCAGAAAUCCUAGGUUACAGAGCAAGAUUUUGUACUCUUACGUUGGUGUAUAAGAUCACCUACGCAGUGCCAUGAAGAUUCCCUACACCAUAAAUCAUCUUGAAAGAGUUUGUAUUAAAAUGUGCUGGAUCUGUGCUACUGGGUGCAGGGGUCAGUAGCCACAUGUAGCUAGUGACCUCUUGAAAUUUGGCUUGUCCAAAUCGAGAUUGUGCUGUUCAUGUAAAACACACACCAGAUUUUGAAGGCUUGGUACCAAAAAGAAGGGAACGUAAAAUAUUUCAUCAGUAUUUUAUAUUGGUUACAUGCUAACAUGACAAUAUUUUAGAUAAGUAAGCUGUUACUAAAAUUUCACUUAUUCCUUUUUCUCUUUUUUUUAAUAUGGCUACCAAAAUUAAAAUUAGACAUGUGGCUGGCAUUGCACUUGGACAGGUGCUGCUCUAGGUUCUAGAUGGUGUGGAGUCAGCAGUGAGAUGCCACGUGUGGAAGGUAAUUCUCCCAAUAGACAGAAGCAACACACAUAUUUUCGCUGGAGUCAGCUUGGUGAGGCACAGAAUGCCUUCCAGACAGCAGAAGACUUUCUAUGUAAAAACCAGUAUGUAUAAGACUCCAAUAAAAGAAACAAAACAAAACUAAAGCAAAUGAGCCCCAAACCGUGUUCCUUCAGCUUUGCUUAGAAGCUAACUUUGCACUUAUUUUUCAAGCAUCUUCCAUGUGCCAAGGAUGCUGGCUACAUGAGGGUGCUGGGCAUAUUUGCUCCACCUUAGGCAACAUUCUCUUGUGGUUUCCCCUCCCCAGGUAUUGUGUGGUCCGUUCAGAGCUGGGUGUGAUGAUGUAUGGUGUAAAUCUCGCCGCUCCUAUCGGCCUGGGCAGAGGCUGAGCCUGCUGCCUGCGCCCACCUGCCCAGCAGGUUUGAGGUUGACUCCUGAAAGAGUUUGUAUUUAUUUUAUUUUGCACUAGUCACAGCUGCUGUUAAAAUAUCUCAACUGUUUGGGGAGAGCAUUGCCUGUGAUGGAAAGAGAGAUGGAUGAUUUAUUGCUUCAGUUGUUUUAAAAUUAAAAGCUAUUCUCACAA